AGAAAGGAGCCUAAUGACGGGAGUAUUUAAGUGCAUCACUCCUCGGGUGAUUCGGCGGUUUAGCAGUUGAAGCUAGUCGAAGUGACAACUCUCAUUUCCCCAAUUCUCUCUCUAUUCUCUGUAAGCUCCGAUAUUAAGUUCCAAUGUCGUCAAACAAUCCUUCCCAACUCCUUCCUUCAGAGCUGAUUGACAGAUGCAUAGGUUCCAAAAUUUGGGUGAUUAUGAAGGGAGAUAAGGAGCUUGUUGGCACUCUUCGAGGUUUCGAUGUCUAUGUCAACAUGGUCCUUGAAGAUGUUACUGAAUAUGAAAUUACUGCUGAAGGACGAAGAAUCACAAAACUUGAUCAGAUUCUGCUUAAUGGAAACAAUAUUGCAAUUUUGGGUGAUGCAGUUGGUUCCUGGUGGUUCACCUGAUUCAGAAUGACAGCUUAUUGCCUCUCAUGUGUAGCGUGAUUCUUUUGGUGUUUAUGACCUUGACGAGUUAUUAGUUUACUGAAUAGUUUGGCCUGGCAGAGAAUCUCUGAUGCCUUGAGCUGAUUUUAAAGUGUCACUGGAAAAUCAGGGUGGCAGCAAUUUAAUCGCACAGUGAUGUAUUAUUACGUAUGUUUUGAUUAUGGCAGUGAGGUUCAAUUAUUUGGAAAACCUAUCACUGCCAAUACUUGACAUCAACACUGCUGGAGAUGUUAUUUGCUGAGUGAUAGAUUAAUGCUAAACCAAUUUAUAUUCAGAAGUGUUCUCA